UUUUUCGUUAUGCUAUUUUUAGUCAGUUUCUCAGAUAGUGAUACGUCAGAGUGUCCAUUCUCAAAAGAGGAAGAAAUAUACAGCUAAUCAUGGCAUAUGGUACAACUACAGUCUCAACAACAAUAUUGUUGCCACAGUGAUAUCAUAUUCAGUAUUAUCAAAGAAGAAAUGGGUAGUAGAAAGGAUGUAAAGGAUUCUGCACCUUUUAGUGAUGAUGAUGAAACAAUAAAAAAAGAAGCACCUAUUAUGACCAAUGGAACACAUAGUACCAAUUCAGGCCCAGGUACAAUAUCCAAAAAACAUUUGGACCAAGAGAGGUAUCCAGUAAGUGCUGGGAUAGCAGUAGUGAUCAACAACAUAGAAUUUAACGAAAACUUGAAUUUACCUGAUCGUAAAGGAAGUGAUGUGGAUGCCUCAUCUCUCUUCCAAAGAUUCCAGGAACUGGGUUUUGAUAGUGAUCUUUUGAAUGAUGCCAGUAAUGAAGAUAUGAUGGAAAAAUUUAAUGAAAUAAAAAAGGACAAGAAAAAUUUAGAAAACACAGACUGCUUGAUUGUAGCUUUGUUGACGCAUGGUAAUGAGGACCAUGUGUUUAUGACAGAUAUGUCUGUGAAGAUCAAAACCAUAAUGGAUUUAUUCAAUGCAGAGAGCUGUAAAGAACUUAUUCUUAAGCCAAAAAUUUUCAUUUUUCAGGCCUGUAGAGGAUCUGGGUUAGGACAUGGGGUUAACAUGAAGGUUACAAGAGAUCCAAACCAGGCAGAUGCUGGUGCUGUCUACACUGAAUAUGACAAGACAUUUGGAGAAACAAUACGUAUUCCUAAUGAAGCAGAUUUCCUAGCAGUGUAUUCUACUUCAGCUGGUUAUGGAUCAUUCCGAAACACAGAGAAAGGGUCACCAUUUGUACGUCAUAUGUCAGAAGAGCUCCUGAAGAUGAAGAAAGACGAUGAUUUCUACAAAAUCUUGACCCGAGUUAAUAAAAGAGUUGGAAUGGGAUAUAAACCAAAUUAUCCAAACAGCGAUAAUAUUACCCAGAUGCCUUGCUUCAUUUCACAUCUUACAAAGGACUUGUAUCUGAAACAAAUGAAUUAGAAAAUUCAUCCAUGCCAUGACUUAGUGCUGAACAGACUGAUGACAAUCAUAUAUUUUUAAAUGACUGAUUAAAAAAGCAGUUCCAGCUGCUUAUCUAUUUUCAAUAGAAGAUAUCUGUAUAUCACGACUGAAUACCAUAUGUAUGCAAUGUCAUUGUUAAAAACAAAUUGUUAAAAUUAAAAAAAAAAUCAUUGACAUAACUUUAAACAUAUAGAUGUGAAAUAACAGCAAACUGGUACAUUGUAUAUAACAUGUAGGGUAGCUCUGACCCACAUCCAUAAAGGUUCAUUUUUAUUUGGGAAUGUUUUAUUGAUGAUUUAACUUUUUUAUCACAGUACAUAGAUUACAUUGCAUACUAUAAAAGUUUCUGACCUGUCAGGAUUUAUAUCAUUUCAUCUGAAAUGCAGUUUGUUGAUUGUUCUUCUUUUUAAAAGGUGAUAGUUAUAAUUUGUAUGUUUAGUUAUAAUUUGUAUGUUUUAGUUAUAAUUUGUAUGUUUUCACAGAAAAUCUCUCACGAAUUAAGAAGUAAAUGAAAGAUAAGCUAUUCUUUAAUACGUUGUAUUUUAAGGAUCAGUUUAAUGAAGCUAACUGCAUGAAAUUUGAGCUUUAUUUUUUUACUUGGAAAUCAUAAUCUAAAAUCUUAUUGCUAAGUUGCUAAAUUGCAAGCAUUAUAAGUUGAUAAGUUUUGAAUAUUAAAAAUAUUAAAAACAAACUUCUAUAAAGUUUUGACCAGUAUUCAUUGUUGAACAAUUAAACUAAAUAAAUGCUUUUCAAAGAAAAAACAUAAAACUAUAGCCAUAUUUUAAACUUCUUUCUGCUUUUAAAGUUAUGGAAAUAAUCAUUAAAAUUGUUUAAAUUGUAUUUAGGAAAACUUUUUGUGCACUAGUCUGGAGUGCAAUUGAUUUUCUAUGCUGAUUGAUACUCAGCAACAUUCAAGCAACAACCAUUCUAUUGAGUAAUAAAACUUUCAGGCUGAUGUAGACACCAUAUGUACACACAGAUGACAUUAUAUUAAGAGCAAUUGCACUGCUAUUGCACACUACUGUUCAUGAUUUGCAUAUUUUUUCAAAGUUAUUGUUGAACAAUGACCAAAAAUGCAAGAUUAGUCAUUAUGAUUUCAGGUAAUUGCUGCAUGCGAAUAAUGCUAUCAAAGGUUGAUAGCAAGAUUUAAUUGUUUUGACACCUAUCCCAAUUCAAUUUUUGCAUCAGUUGAAAUAUAACAAAAAUUCCUGAGUUUACAAAAUCUUUUGGUUAUGUUUCAGAGAAUUAUAUGUUGCCAUACACUAUUUUGUUGAACUGUAUUUAUUACUUAUUUAACGUACCAGAAAUAUAUAUUCUUUCAUGAAAAUAACAUUCUUAACAUUAAAUGAAUGUGAUACUUAAAGCAUAUAAAUGUUAUAGUAAUUUAAAAUAUUAAGAUGACAUCUCAAUUACAUUAUAAAGCUCUUCAAUAAUUUUAAUUGGUAUUGUUUGAUUUUCUAUUUGUCUUUAUUUUACAAACACAUAUCUCUUUGAUUGUAUUAUUUUGUUAUCACGUUUGACAAUAUUUUGACAGAAUAUAGUUUCAUACCUCAUUAUUAUUUAUUUUUUAAAUGGCAAAAUAAUGUAAUGUUUGAUAUCUGUAAUCAAUUUAUAUAUGAAAUUUUCGAUUGAUACUAAAUUAUUUUGCAUUAUGUUUUGUGAAAUUAGUAUUCAGAAGAAGAGAUAGUCUUUCAUUUUAGGUUAGAAACAUGGAAAGUUAAUACCCCAUAGAAAAACUCUGUGAAAAAAUGAUCUUUAGUGUUUUCAAAUUCAUGAAAUUAGUGCACUUUGAACCUAAUUUGCUAAGCUAUGAUAAAGGAAGCCAUUGUAAAAAUGCAACUGAAUAUUUUUUUGUUGAAGUUUAAAAGUCAUUCUGUUCAUGUAAGUUACAGUUUCAUAUUUUUAAGACUUAUCAUUAGAGCUUGAUUGGGAUUGAUAGAGAAGUAAUCUUUUAAGUUUUGAAAUACAGUAACUAACUGUGAUAGGGUUUGCAGUAUGGAAUUUUAGCUGAGAUUUCAUUGUGAUAGAGAUGAUGCUCCAGUUAUGAUGAAAAUUAUAUUCAUGAAGUCUUUCAUUUUCUUAGGGUAAAGAUUGCAUGAAAUGCAAUCAAAACCCCAAUGCACUGGCUUGAUAGCUAUAUUUUUCAGGCUUCAUCUCUACCUUUAAGAACUAAAACAACAAAUUGCAAGGUGAUGAGCAUUCUUUAGAUUCUAUACAUGUCCAUGUCAUGCAGUUUAUUAAUGAUAAAUACUCAGAUAUUCAACUUUCAAACGAUGUGUAUGUGUAUAACUAUACUUGUUAAGAAAGCUUUUCUUUUGAAUUAUCAAAAGUUGUGCAUGGUGUACGAAUCUAUCUAGAAAUAGAUUAAACUAUAAUUAUUGACAAAGGAAGAUCAGGCAAAUUUCAAAUUUGCUUAAAUUUGUUUCAUUGCUAAAAACAAUACAUUAUCUGAUUUUAAUAUAAAAAUAAGGAGAUGAGGUAUGUGUGUAAAUGAGAAAAAUAUCCACCAGAGUCCAAAUGAUGUGGCUGUAAGUAACUAUAGGACAGCUUACAGCCUUCAACAAUGAGCAAAACCUAUACCCUUUAUUUAGAUAUACCAGGCCUCGUCAUGGCAAAACGUUAAACAGUUCUAAGUUAAGUUCACAUUGCAAAAUGAAAGCAAUCUUUACCCUACAUUGCCCACAUCACUUUUAUGAAUAUAAAUUGUGGUACUGGCUUUGAACCAGGAAUACAGAUUCUCUGAUAAUCAUUCAUCCUGAAUAGAUUUAUGUUAUUACUUAGAUAUGCGAUAGAAAAAAAAUACGAUUUUUGUGCCAUAACACUACUCAAUAAAAUAUGAUGAACUAAACAGAAUUUAUGUCAGAAAUAAUUCAAUAUUUCAGACUGAGAGAAAGACAAACAAAUUAAUAAAAGAAGUUCAUUAGAGAGCUGGGGUAGAUUUAAUGUGGAAGGUUGAUCGUGAAAAUCUGUACUCUUGUCAUAACAUUUUUUAAGUAAAAUCAUGUUUAAUACUGAAUCAUUGCAAAUGUCAUUAAAAACUAAGUGAGACAAUAUUUUGUUUUUGUUUUUAUUCAUCUACAAAUAAGUUAUGUUUAUAUAAGUGUAAAUUGUAAACGAAAUUAUUGUUUUUUGGAAAAUUAAUACAUAAACCAAAACAAAUUUAGGCUGCAAAUAUUAUAUGUGAACUACUGUUUAUAGAUUAAAGGGAAUUUUAAAGUCCUUUAAGAUUUACUGGUACACCACAGAUUUGCCAUUUGCCCAAUUACUUAAAUUAUUUUGUUUUGACAGGAUUAUUUGUUUGAUCAGCAGGUGCUGCUGUAAUCUUGAAAAUUAUAUGGUGUUGAAAUUUAGAUUAUACAAUUCCUUUCUCGUUAACAUUCACUAUUUAUUAAUAAAUAAUAGGGAUCAUACAAUUUUUUUUAUUUGUUACAGCUUUUUACAUUGUUAAUAACUUUUUUGUAGAUUUCAAUAUUUUGUAUAUUUUUCAAAAUAAAAUUCAGUCAUUUA